UAACCGCAACGGAGCAAGCAACAACAAGUUUUGUCACACAGUCAUUGUCAGAAAAUGUGCAAAAUUCAUUGAAUUCGACGAAUUGUUAAUAAUUUAAGGAAAAGAAAUUUGAUUGAAAAUUGUUUGUUCAAGAGAAAAAUACACGGAUUUCUAAAAUAUCAAGUUAUCAAUCGACAUUUUGAAUAGUCAAAGGAUUGUCAUUCGCCAUAAUUUGAUUUGAUAUCACAUUACCACAAAAUUGGCCGAUUUUUUAACGAAAAAAUUCAAAAUUGGAUAGCAAAAUGAAACUUCGUAAGCGAACUCGUGUGUCGACAAAAGUCGAAAAUAUGAAGGACGAACCGUUGCCAGCAAAGCGAGCGCGUCGUAGUAAAACACAAAAUGAACCACCAACUCAGCGACCACGUCAAACGCGUUAUAUGCUUCGCAACCGAAACAAUGAAAAAUACGCAGCCAAAAGUGCCGAACCAACUCAAAUGAAUUUGAAUCUAUUGGAUUUAAACGAUGACUGUUUGUUACACAUUCUCCAAAACAUGUGCCCAACACAAUUGUGUAAUAUGGCCGAAACAUGCAAACGCCUUCAAGCAAUGGCACGGUAUGCAUUCCGGUUGAAAUAUAAACGAUUGGAUUUGAAAACAUCACAAGGAAUGAAUGCCAUCAAACGAUUGCUGAAAAAUUUUGGUGGUCAAACGUCAACACUCCAAAUCGUGCAUUCAAAUUCUUGUCAUACAAGUCUUCAUUGCAACUGCACACUUGGAAAAUCGAAAAAGUUGCUAACGUGGAUUGUUCGGUACUGUCGCCAAAACUUGGUUGACCUCACAUUGAAAGGAUUCCGCAUAGAAUCAGAUAUGAUGAAUAAAGCCAAAGAGCGAUUCGCAUCGUUGGAAACGUUGACACUUGAUACUUGCAUACUUUUUGAUUGCACUCUCAAUGCGUGUAAGGAAAGUCUUCAAGUUUUACAUUUGGACGAUGUAGUUUUUUACAGUUCGAGUGGAUUCAAACAAAUCUAUCGUCCACUGCUUGCUUUCAUCAGAACGGCCAAAGUUCUAUGCGAAUUGUCGAUAACUGGAUGCCAUGAUGUACCGAUGACGGUAUUUGCUGCGAUCAGCAAAUUGUCAAAUCUCAAAACGUUGCGGCUCAAUGGCAAUACUAUUGUGUCGGAAACACAAUUCGAUCAGCAAAUGCCUCAGUUCAGUGCAAUGCAAAAUUUAACAACAUUCAAUUUUGAUUUGUUCGGACAUUCGGCAUUUCAAAUCGUUCAUGGUUUGGUCGCAAACAACGUUGCAAUUGAACAUUUAGAACUGCACAACUGCCCAUUGGACAAUGGAACAAUCGAACAAAUUUGUCAAAUGCAAAGCAUCAAGAAUCUUUCAUUGGACCGUUUGAACAACGAGAACAUUCUGCGCUUAGGCUCCGAAUUGAAGCAACUGAUGAAAUUUUUCAUUUCGUCUUGUAAUAUUGUUACACCCGAAGGACUCACAGCAAUGCUGCGUCAAGCCAAACGACUCGAAUAUUUGGAAGUAAAUAUGCCAAAUUUCGUAUUUUCACUGAAUACUUACGAGAACAUGCUGCAUAUUAUGAAAAGACGCAAAGAACAACGCAAAUUGGACUUUGUAUUUCACACCUAUGGGGACGAACAAUGGGAUUCAGUCGAUGUUUUGGAAGAAAACGAAAAGUGGCUCAGCGUAAAUGAGUGCGUGCACUUUUUCCGGCUUAUUCUUUUGAUUUAAAAUUCAAACGAAUUUCAUUCCAUUUUCAACACAUUCACAACGGAAAAACAACCGAUUUAACCAGACAUCAACAAAUGUCGCGAUUAAUUUGAAAAAAAAAAGAAAAAAAACAAAAAAAAAAAUAGAAAUUACAGUUAUACACAUUCAAUUACGUUACACAUAUGUGUUAUUACCGUAUUAGAAUCGUUUUCAUUACUUUCGUUAAUUAUUUGUAAAACGAAAGAUCCAUUUGGGUUACUUAAUAUCCACCUGUGGAGCCCAAUUCUCAAAAUGACUCAAUUUUAUAUCUUACUUGCGUAUUUUAUGAAAUCCUUACACAAUCAACAUUUAGGUUAACUUGAAUUUCCUAAAGAAAUUACUCAAUUCAAUCAGUGUAGACUUCUGACAAAAAACUUACCUUUGAUCAAAUAUGAAAAAAUCACCAUUAAUGCAACUAAUUUAAAAAAAGAGUUGAA